GAAAAGGGCGUGGCUUCUACCCACACUCGGGAGUCGAUUGGCGGGUGGGAAAGGAGGGCGGGGCGGGACAAUUUGCAUGUGAGGGGUGGGGGAGUGGUGGUGCAGCGGUUAGCGCCAGCUGCCUUUGCCGCGUUAAAAGCCGUCCCCCACGCGAGUUCGAUUCCCGCUCGCGCCCACCAACUUGGCCUGCGACGAUGAUCUUGAACCCGGUCCUGGGCCUCCCCUAGGUCGACUCAGCCUUCAAACGGGAGCAGGUGAUGCGCAGGGUGCACGGGCGCCAUGCCGAGUGAGUUUGUGGUGCGGGAGGACGCGGCGGCGCUGGUCGCCCGCCACCGUCUGCACGUGCGCCAGUGCUACGGCGUCGCCGUCGACCUGGACGACGCCGCGCCCGUCGGCGGCUCGCGCUGGGUCCGGCUCAGCGGCGGCGACGGCAGCCAGCGGCAGCGGGCCAAGGACUACAUCGUGGCGCUGUGCUCCCCGGACUCCGCCGCCGCGGCGGCCGGAGAUCGCCGCGACGACGCCGCCGCCGCCGCCGCCGGUGACGCCGGGAGGACGACGGCGGGCGAGGAGGAAGCGGGCGGCGCGGCGCCGCCGGGCUACGAGUCGAGCUACCAGCUGUGCCUGGACUUUGCGCGCAAGCUCGGCUACUCCGAGUCGCAGGUCCGCGAUGCCAUCGGCCGGCUGGGGGGCGCCCCCCUGCACAACACCCUGCUGGAGGAGCUGCUCAAGCACGGAGCGGCCGCGCCGGCGCCGGCCGAAGGGGCGGCCGCCGGCGGCAAGGCGAGGGGAGCGGCGGCUUCGUCAGCGUACGACGAAGGGCAGGAGCGGCUGUCGCGGGUGUUGGUGGCGCGCGGGGGCGGAGAGCCGGAGCCGCCCGCUGAUCCCACGCCGCCCUUCGACCCCGACGAUAGCUCCAACCUGCGUCACAUCGUCAUCGACGGCAGCAACGUGGCGAUGAGCCACGGCAACAAGGAGGUGUUUUCCUGCCGGGGCAUCGAGCUGGCGGUGAGCUGGUUCCUGCAACGUGGCCACAAGGAGGUCACAGUGCUCGUGCCGACCUGGCGCCGGGAGCAGCCACGAGCCGACGCUCCCAUCACUGACCAGCACAUCCUGACCGAGCUGGAGAGGCGCCGCGUGCUCGUGUUCACGCCGUCGCGGCGCGUGCAGGGCCGCCGCGUCGUCUGCUACGACGACCGCUUCAUCGUGCGGCUGGCGCACGAGUCGGACGGCGUCAUCGUCUCCAACGACAACUACCGCGACCUGCAGAGCGAGAGGGCCGAGUGGCGACGCUUCGUCGAGGAGCGCCUGCUCAUGUACUCCUUCGUCAACGACAAGUUCAUGCUGCCCGACGACCCGCUGGGCCGUGACGGACCCACUCUGGAGAACUUCCUGCGCAAGGUGCCGGUGCCGACGCAGAACAAGCGCGUGCCGUGCCCCUACGGCAGGAAGUGCACCUUCGGCAACAAGUGCAAGUACUCCCACCCGGAGCGCGCCAACCAGAUCCAACUGUCCGUGGCCGACGAGCUGAGGGCAGCUGCCGGGCAGCAGCAGCAGCAGCUGCAGCAGGAGGUGGCGGGGGCAGCGGAAGGAACGUCGGAGGGCAGGGGGGCGCCCGCGGGCAGCCCGUCGCGUGCCACCGCUCGCCCGCACAGGAAGGAUGCGGCGCCCGCCGAGGUCCAGCAUCAGAGCGGCAAGCCGCCGGCGAAGCCGUUUCCCGGCCACCACCACCACCACCAGCAUCAGCUGCCGCCGACGCCGACGAAGGCGCAGCAGCUUCAGCCGAGUCAGCUCGCCGUCCCGCAGCUCCAGAAUCAGCCGGCGCACGGGUACCACCACCACCACCAGCAGCAGCAGCAGCAGCAGCUCCAGCAGCAGCAGCAGCAGCAGCUCCAGCAGCAGCAGACGAGGACCGGCACGGCGGCUCCGGUCGGCGCGUGGGGAGUGCUCGACUGGUCGGAGGGAGGCGAGGAGUGCUCGCAGCAGGACUCGGGGUACAACUCGCUGCGCACGCUCUCGGGAGCGUCGCAGGAUGGCGCCGCGAUGCUGCCCUCCGUCGCCACCGGCGGCGGCGGCGGCGGCGGCGGCGGCGGCGUCGCAGGCGUCGUGUACGGCGCGGGCUGCUACUCCGACCCCGGCAUCGCGAGCGACCCGUCGUCGGGGCAGUACCGCCAGGCGCAGUACUACCAGCACGACGCGUACGCCGUGCAGGGCCCGUCGAAGCUGCCCCCGCAUCAUCCCUCGCACCCUCCGCACCCUUCGCGCCAACAACAUCACGCCAAUCGUCAACAGCAUCUUCACCCGAAUCAGCAUCAUCAGCAGCAGCAGCAGCAUCUUCAUCAGCAUCCUCACCAUGGCAGCCAUGGAGCUCCGUUCAACCCGGCCACUGCGGCAGACGGGCAGCUUGCGGCGACGUUCCCGGGAGGCUGUGGCGCGUACCGUCCCGAUCUUCCGUACGGCGCUCCGUGCAGCUGCUGCGUCCGCUUCCCAGCUCAGAAGCAGCAGCAGCAGGUGCAGCAGGUGCAGCAGCAGCAGCAGCUGGCGCCAGGUCCGUUCAUCUCCGACAGCUUCCUGUACGACAGCGGCUCGAGCGUGCCUCUGCCGCAGCCAAACUCGUGGCACGGGCCGCUGGGCCAACCGGCGGCGGCGUACCGCUCGCUCUACCAGCAGCACCCGUCGCACCCGCCGGCGCACCACCACCACCACCAGCAGCAGCAGCAGCAGCAGCAGCCGUACCACAACCACCAGCAGCAGCAGCAGCAGCGGUACCAGCCGCGACACUACCCGCCCAUCGCUCAGCCGGCGCCGUUUCAGAACGCCGCGGUGGGCGCGGGUGGCGGUGGCGCCGGCGGCGGCGACGAUGGCGUCACGGAGCAGCUGCGGGCGCAGGUUUUCCGGAACCUGUGCGGCGUCUUCCCGCAGCCCGUGGUGGACCGCGUGAUGGCGAUGCACCCCCACGUCACGGAUUCGCAGGAACUCGCGACGUACUGCGUCAAGAUGAAGGCCUUGCCGCCGCCGCCGCCGGCGGCCGCCCCCAUGCAGCCGCCCAGGUCCUACUAGGGCCGGGUGGCACGGUGGCGCCGCAUGGCAAAGGACGGGGCUCUGGGUUCGGCUGUCCCCCCCUCCCCUCCCCCGGCACCGUUGGGAGUGCGUUUGUAGGCGAAGAGCGUGGGGACGCAUUUUGUAG